GCUACAGAGGAUUUGUGUCAGAGUCGGCAUACGGAAGCAGAUGCAUCAACUGGAACAGAUUCACUCAACCAAGAGGAGCUUCAAAAGGACUUGGGGACCAUAACUACUGCAGGAAUCCAAACGGGAGUUUGAUGCCGUGGUGUCGUGUCCGCAGAGGACAGAAGUACUUAAGAGAAUUCUGUGAUAUUCCCAGAUGUUCUACAGAGACGGUGAAACCUCCUCAGGCCGUGGAUACAGAGCUGACAUGUGGGGAGAGGUCUGAGCGGAGGCUGAAUAAAAUUGUAGGUGGCUCCUUCUCACCUAUCGAGUCUCAGCCAUGGGUGGCUGCCCUCUUUCAGCAGCGUUCUGGUUUCCUGUGUGGUGGCUCUCUCAUCGCACCGUGCUGGGUUGUCACAGCCGCACACUGUUUCUCAGACGGCGACGACACCAACAUCAAGCAUCUGUCUGUUUACCUGGGGAAGUCUGCCAUCAAUGAAACUGAAGCUGACAAGGAACAGAGCUUCACGGUGGAGAAACUCAUCAUCCAUCAGAAAUUCAACGAGUCCAAUUUUGACAAUGACAUAGCGCUGUUGAAGAUCAAAAGCAGAAGUGGAGGAUGUGCGGUGAAGUCAGAGUCUGCUCGGACAGUGUGUCUUCCUCCGCUUCGCACUCAGCUUCCUGCAGGAAUUCAGUGCAGCAUCGCAGGAUUUGGACAUGAGAGAUCCU